AUGUCAGCAAAGAAACUGUCUCUUCCUGUAGGCAGCGAGAGACAGGGUAAGAUAGCAGACUCAGGUGUACUGACAGCUCAAGUAGCUACGCUUUGUCAAGCAAUUGAAGAUACUUUUCUUCAGAUGGAUGUUCAAAUGCAAACUGCUGAAAACAGACAAGCUCUUCUUAAGCUAUUUAAAGAUCUGUCUGUAGGCAGCCAGGAAGAAGGGGAGGGUAAGGAGACAGAUAAAGAGACAGAUAAAGAGACAGAGAAGGAGACAGAUAAAGAGACAGCAAAAGAUUCGGAGACAAAUGGAGACAGAGACAGAGAAGCAGAUACAGAUGCAGUUGCUUCAGACUCUGAAGCAGCAGCAAAGGAGACAGGAGAAGCAGAGAAGAGACAGUUAGCAGAGGGGUCUCGGAUACCCGCAUUGGGGCGUCUAGACAGCACAGCUAACCUGGGAGCAAAGCAGCAGCAGCAGCAGCAGCAGCAGAAGCAGCAGAAGCAGCAGCAGCAGAAGCAGAAAGCAGCAGCAGGAGAUGAUGAGUCGCCUCCAUCCAGCGAGCAUGAAAGCGAAGACAACGAUAGCAGCAGCCCGAGAACAAGCAGCACUGCAAGCAGCAGCAGCAGCAGCAGCAGCAGUGUACGGAGCAGAAGCAACGACAGCAGCAACAGCAGCAGCAGCAGCUCUCCAUCAGCGAAGGAGCAGCUUUCAAGCCCUUCUGCUGCAGCAGGUAGCAGCAAAAAAGAAAGAAAUAAAGACAGCAGCAGCAGCAGCAGCAGCAGCAGCAAAGAAGUAGAAGAUACAGAAGCAGAUGAAGAGACAGGAGAAGGAAGCUCUACAUUAUCAGAGUGUAAUUAUAUGUCUCCAGCAGCAGCAGCAGCAGCAGCAGGAGCAGGAGGAGGAGCAGGCGAAGAUGAUGAUGAUGUAGAUGAAGAAGCAGCAGCAGCAGCAGCAGCAGCAGAAGGGCAGCAGCGCUUAGAGCAUCCUCAUCCUUCUUCUCCUGAAGGGGCUGGGACAACAGCUGUUGUUGUUAUUGUCGUCAGAGCAGCUAAUCCUGUUUUAAUUAUUGCUAACGCAGGAGACUCACGAGGGGCAUAUCCUUUAUCGCAUGAUCAUAAACCUAUGAACCCAGCAGAACGAGCAAGAAUAGCAGCAGCUGGAGGCUGUGUAAUGAACGGUAGAGUGGACGGCAAUCUAAAUUUAUCGAGGUCUUUAGGAGACUUAUUUUAUAAAUCGGAUGCACAUAUCCCGCCUGAAAAACAAAGAAUUACGUCCUUCCCGGAUGUCCGGGUAACGCCCGUUCACAAAGACGAUGAAUUUCUUAUUAUUGCAUGCGACGGCAUCUGGGAUUGCAAGACAAAUCAGGAGGCGGUAGACUUUGUGCGUUCUCACUUAAGCAGUUCUAAGAAGAGCAGAGCAGAGGCGCUGAGAGAUGCAUGCGAAGCUCUCUGUGAUAAUUGUUUGUCGCCAGACCCUAUUAAAUCAGAAG